AUGAACUCGCAGUCAAGGAAUAGACUCCUUCAGGCCUUGAGGAACGUGCCAAACCGCCACACCUACACCGCAACACCUGUGCUCCCCUUCAGGGCGCGAGGCACAUCAGCAUCCUUGUCCCAGCCCUUCUCCUCCAAAGCAUGCGUAUCCUCUCUUCUGCCUGCAGCAGAGGACAUCCAUAUCUCCAAGAAGCGAAGAUAUUCUUCCCGGGCGGCACCUCGUUUUCGACACGACGACGCGCGAUGGGUCGAGAGGGACGGACGAUACGACCCGAGCGGGACGCCUGCACCCCAACGUGAUGACACACCAACAAUCAGAAGAGGCGACAGGGAUGACCAAGACGGCGGCGGUGGCGGCGGCAUCAUUGUCACAUCAGACAGACAGAACUUCCGAGACAGACAAGGGCGUCCGUGGACAAAAGACAGAUCCUCAACAGACCAGGCCGUGGGCCCAGGCGCGGGCACACGUGCUAUAGGUGUCGGUGUUGGUAUUGGCACAUCGUUACCAGCAAAGAACAAGAAAUCACGUACUGAACUCCGCGAUCUGUCAGUGAAACCUAAGAAGAAAAAGCUCGAACCAUGGCAAGCUCAAAAGGGAGCGCUGGAGAAAAAGUUUGGGGACGAAGGGUGGAAACCACGGAAGAAACUCUCACCUGAUGCGAUGGACGGGAUCCGUGCCUUGUAUGAAGAAGACUCUGAGCGGUGGUCGACGCCGGUGUUGGCCGAGCACUUCAAAGUCUCGCCAGAGGCCAUUCGACGGAUAUUGAAGAGUAAAUGGAAGCCGAAGAACGACGAGGAGGCACAGGAGAGGAAACAGCGCUGGGCCAGAAGGCACGAUCGCAUCUGGGACCAUCAGGCAGAGCUUGGACUGAGACCAAAGAGAGAGAAGGACAGAGAUGUCGAGGACCCCGAUGCUUUUGACGAGGAAUUGAGAGCAAAGGAGAUGCUGAACAUGGCUCGCAAAGCUUGA